AUGGCUAGUGAGAAUAGUUUUCUAGUGCUUGUACACCACAGAGGAUCGAUUAAGAGAAAAACUCGGUCUGGCGUAAAGUUCACUGAUAAGGAUCCUCUAUGUAUUAUCGUGAGUCCAACGACCAGCUACGAUGCUCUCGUUAGCUCUGUGCUGGCAAAGUUUGGUCUGGAAGGAGUGAAAAGGGUUAAGAAAUUUUUCUAUCGCAUCCCAACGGCGGUGCUCCAUGAUACGGUGAAGUAUGAUUGUUUCACGAUCGGGAGUGAUGAGGACUUGCAGGUUAUGUAUCUUUGUCGUAGGCAGUUUCUCGAGGUGAGGACACCAGAGCUGUUGGCAAAGCUGGUUGAUGUGGCGGUGGCCUCCCCAUCGUUCGCUGUUGAUCUCAGCGGUAAUGUUGGAGACGAGGUAAGGUAUGGGGAACAUCUUGCGACCGAAUUACGGUGUCCUACACCGGCUGGUGUUGGAGAGGGAUUGUUUGAUGAUCCAGAUGACGAUGAUGUCGAGUCGGAUAUGAUCGCUGAUAACAGCGGCGAUGAUCUUGGAACGAGUGAUCCGAGAAGGGCUACAGGUGGAUCUAUUUCUGGCACACAGCAGUACCCACCCCAUUUUUCAUCGUUCGACCUGGAUGCCAUGAGGCAUGACGAACAUCCUGGGCAGCCGGCUGGAUUUGGCCCUAGAGACACGGAAGGGUCUGCCGAUAUGACAGAGUUCCAGGUUGGGCAACAAUUUUGGGAUAAAGAUGAGGCGUUGUUGAGUGUGAAGACUUACAGCAUCUGCCGAAGGGUACAGUACAAGGUAGUUGAGUCAGACUAUCGAAGGUAUGUGGGAAAGUGUUCUGAGUUUGGGAAUGGGUGUAUAUGGUUGAUUCGGUUGAGUCUCCGGCAGCGCAAGGGCUUGUGGGAAGUCAAGCAGUACAAUGGACCGCAUAUCUGUCUCGCCACCUCCAUCUCCAGCGACCAUAGGAGUCUGGACUACCAUGUGAUAGCGAAGUUCAUUAUGCCAAUGGUUAGGGCUGAUGCAUCCGUCAACAUCAAGGUGCUUCUAAAUGCCACGGCCGCACAUUUUGGGUUCAGGCCUACGUAUAGGAGGGUAUGGAUGGCGAAGCAGAAGGCUGUUGCCAUUAUCUAUAGGGACUGGGAUGAGUCGUACAACGAGCUCCCUAGUCCUGAGGACUUGCCCUGUUCGAGUUGGGGGACAGCUGGACGAGUCCCAUGCUUAUUUUCAGAGGCUAUUCUGGACGUUCUCCCUUGUAUCGAGGCUUUUCGUCAUUGCAAGCCGUUGGUGAGUAUUGACGGCACCCAUCUAUAUGGCAAGUAUGGGGGAACGUUGCUUGUGGCGAUUGCACAAGACGGAAACUCCAACAUACUCCCGGUGGCAUUUGCACUAGUCGAGGGUGAGAAUGCUGAGUCUUGGUCCUUCUUUCUCUCCCACCUCCGCCAGCACGUGACACCUCAGCCAGGUCUGUUAGUUAUUUCAGAUAGGCAUAACGGCAUCAAGGCAGCACUCGAGGCGCCUGAUGGGGGAUGGCUACCUCCGGCUGCAUACCGGGCAUUCUGCAUUUGGCACGUAGCAGCAAAUUUCGCCCUCACCUUCAAGGGAAAGGACGCCCGGAGGCUUCUUGUGAACGCCGCAUAUGCAAAGACCGAAGUGGAAUUCGAGUACUGGUUUGACAUUCUGCGCUCUGAGAAUCCGGCAAUGUGUGAAUGGGCGAACCGGAUUGAGUAUUCGUUGUGGACCCAGUAUUGUGAUGAGGGUCGGAGAUUCGGGCACAUGACGACCAAUAUAUCUGAGUGUGUGAAUUCCAUCCUGAAGGGGGUAAGGAACCUCCCUGUAUGGUCGCUGGUGAAGGCCACAUACGGAAGGUUGGCAGAGCUAUUUGUCCGUAAGGGGAGGGAGGCAGAGGCGCAGUUGGGCACCAGACAACAAUUCAGUCAAUACCUGGUAAAGUGUAUCGAGGCCAACCUCAAGACAGCUAGGUGCUUCACGGUGAUUGUUUAUGAUAGGGAUAACUCGGAGUACACCGUGGCAGAGACGACUCCUACUGGUUCGUUCUCACUGGGUAGCUACAGGGUCUCAUUAGCCUCGCAGACUUGUGAUUGUGGGUACUUUCAAGCACUCCAUUUCCUGUGUCCGCACGCACUGGCAUGCUGUGCCUACUCACGUCUUACUUGGCAGCCAUACGUCCACGAGGUCUAUCGCUUAGUUCCGUUUUCGGUGUCUAUCGGUUGGGAUUUACACCUCCAAUUCCGGAGGGUUUCUGGCCACCGUAUGACGGGCCUACCGUGA